AAAACAACGACAAGGUGGCCGCACGUGGACGCACACAUUUUUUAAAAAACAUCUUUUCGCUUGCGAACGUGUGCUGAAAUCGCGAAAAUAUGGGACGCAAAGCGGAGUACAGUGAAAAACAAAAAAAGGGUCCCGGCCGCAAGGCUCGCAAACAGGGGCCACCAAAGUUUCCAAAGAAAUCAUUUGCGCCGCUCGACGAUGAGGACAAGAAGCUAUCGCACCGUCAAAAGCAACGCGUGGCCAAGCGAGAUCAAAAGAAGAUAGUGCAGAAGGCAAAAUUGAAGGAGAAGCGUGCUCAACAGCCCCGCAGGCGAAAGCCGUAUAACAGCGACAGCGAGCCGGAAGAAGAAGAGCAGCAGGUGGAGCAACCAGCGGAGUCAUCGGACGAGGAGGUGCCACAACUUGUGCCAGUCCAAAAAAAACAAAAGUCGAAUGGCUAUUCAGAUGAUAAUAAUGAUUGGCUAACACUAAAAUCGGGAAAGCAGCAGAAAAAGAGUGUGAAAAGCAAAGAAAUAGAGCUGGAAGAAGAGGAUGAUGAAGUGUCUGAAAACGAAAUAGAAGCUAAUUCAGAUGAGGAAGCUGAAGAAGGCGAUGAAGAUGUGAACGAGAGUCUAGAGGAAGAGGAGGAAGAAUUUAUGGAUGAUGAUAACGACGCUCAAAUUGGUAAAUUGGACGAUCUGUUUGACGAUGAUGAGCUCAUCUCCGAACCAGAUCAAGAUCAAGCAAUUGACAGUGAAAAUGGUCAGGAAUCUGACGAAGAUGAUGUUGAUGACGAUGAUGACGAUGACGAUGAUGACGAUGACGAUGAUGAUGACGAUGAUGGUGAGAACAAGUUGCCCAUUGAGCGCGCCAACAAAAAACUUAAGAAACGUCAGGAAAAAGAUGCCAUAUUGUCACGUGAGGAGAUGCAAAUGUCCGUUGAUCAGUCUGAAGUGUUCCAUUUGCCCGAAUCGGGCGAAGAUGCUGACAAAGAAUUGUCCUUGCAAGAUGUGCAGCAGCGCAUCAAGGAUAUUACACAAGUGCUCUCUGACUUCGGCAAGUUCCGAGAGGAGGGUCGCUCACGUAGCGAGUAUGUGGAUCAGCUGCGUCAAGAUCUGUGCUUGUACUACAGCUACAACGAGUUUCUCAUGUCCAAGCUGAUGGACAUAUUCAAAUUGAGCGAUCUGUUGGAGUAUUUGGAGGCCUCAGAGAUAGCGCGUCCGCUGACCAUACGCACAAAUUCGUUGAAGACACGUCGUCGUGAUCUAGCUGGCGCCUUAAUUAAUCGCGGCGUCAAUCUCGAUCCGCUGGGCAAGUGGACAAACGUGGGCCUGGUCAUUUUCAAUUCGACGGUGCCGCUGGGCGCCACACCCGAGUAUUUGGCUGGACAUUAUAUGAUACAGGGCGCCUCCUCGAUGCUGCCCGUGAUUGCAUUGGCUCCGCAGGAGAAAGAACGUGUGCUGGACAUGUGCUCGGCGCCGGGCGGCAAAGGAUCGCACAUAGCGGCCGUCAUGAAGAAUACGGGCGUCUUGUUCGCCAACGAUGCGAAUCGAGAUCGCAUCAAGGCUGUUGUAGCUAAUUUCCAUCGAUUGGGCAUUGUGAAUGCGGUUGUCAGCUGCGAGGAUGCCACCAAAUUUCGCAAUAUUAUGACGGGCUUCGAUCGAGUGCUUCUCGAUGCACCGUGCACCGGCACCGGUGUCGUCUCCAAGGAUCCGAGUGUUAAAACAACCAAAUCGGAAAUAGAUGUGCAGCGUUGCUAUAAUUUGCAGCGCAAGCUUUUGCUCACUGCCAUUGAUUGUGUGGAUGCGAAAUCCUCAACGGGUGGCUAUAUCGUCUAUUCCACGUGCUCCGUCCUGCCCGAGGAGAACGAGUGGGUAAUUGAUUAUGCGCUCAAGAAGCGUAAUGUUAAACUGGUGCCGCUGGGCAUUGAUUUUGGUGAGCCAGGAUUUACCAAGUUCCGUCAGCAUCGUUACCAUCCCAGCUUGAAUUUGAGCAAGCGCUUCUAUCCCCACACGAACAACAUGGAUGGCUUCUACGUGGCCAAGUUGAAAAAGUUCUCCAACACAAUACCCAUCACCAAGGAACAGCAGGAAGCAGAUGAGAAGCAGCUGGACGAAGCAAUUGCAGCAGAUCAACCAGAGGCGAAGACGACAACAGACAAAGACGCGGGCGGGGAGGAGGCAAUCGCAACUGAUGCUGCCACACGCAAAGCGAAAGGAAAACGAGCUGGCAAACCCACGCUAACAGAUGUGGAACAAGAUCUGAAAAAGAAGAAGCUUGAGCAAAGCAAAACAAAAUAUGUGGCCAAUGUUUUCGAGAAGCCCAUCAAAGUGCCUAAAAAGCCCAAGGUGGAGCAAAUUGUUCCUCCUACCCAGGAACCAAAAGAAAACGGCAAGAAGAAAGAGAAGGUCCAAAAAAAUGGUCACCAAGCAAGCAGUAGCAAUUUGAAGCCGGAGCCCAAACCAGCAGCUAAACUAACUAAGAAACUGUCGGAAGCGAAGCGAGUGGAUUUAGAUGAAGUACCUCUGCUGGAGGGCAAACCCAUAAAAGGGCAAAAACAACUUAAAACCAAGUCCAAGCAACUGGGACAGCUGAAAAAAUCCAAGAAGCCGACAGAUAAAAAGCAAAGAUUCAAGAAAUGAGCAUAAAUCCAAUUAGUAUAUAGAAUUUUAUUGAAAUAUUUUGUUUGGUUAGUCAAGAAGCUGGAAAUAUUUAAGCUACCCGAAGAGUCUAUCUCUGCGUGAAUAACCGAAACUGAUUAUUUGUUUUUAUAAUAGGAACUUAAGGUUUGGAUUAUAAAUAUAUUUAUAAUCAACAUUAUAA